GGCUACAGUAACGUGACGCACAGUCAGCUGAUCCGCGCUGCUAAGCUCUCAGUUGACCUUCGCUGCGGAAAACAGCGACUUUUCGUGCAUCUUCUUCACAGAGCAGAUCUUUCAGGACCAUGGCGAGCCAGUCUCAGGGCAUCCAGCAGCUGCUGCAGGCGGAGAAACGCGCCGCCGAGAAGGUGGCUGACGCUCGGAAACGGAAGAACCGCCGCCUAAAGCAAGCCAAGGAGGAAGCUCAGGCCGAGAUUGAACAGUACCGUCUGCAGAGGGAAAAGGAGUUCAAGACAAAGGAGGCUGCGGCCCUGGGAUCUCAUGGAAACUCUGCUGUAGAGGUUGAUAAAGAGACCCUGGACAAGAUGAAGCGCAUUGAGACCAGUUACCAUCAAAACCGGGAAGCUGUUCUGAACAACCUGCUGAAGAUGGUGUGCGACAUCAAGCCAGAGAUCCAUGUCAACUACCGUGUUGCUGGAUAAAUAUUUUAUUUGUUUAUAAUUGUCAUUACAACCUGUAAGAACACAAGGAACACAGAGACAAAGACUGACAUUGUACAGCCAUAAAUAUGUUGCAGCCCCAUUAUCAGAGCCGUACCUGUAUUAGUCCUCAGUAUGUGUACACUGGAUGAUUAAAGCCUUCACCUUCUGCACAUUAUUACACAUUAUAUCUGGAAUAAACAUGUAUGUACUUACAUUUCAAAGAUUUUCUCUAAUACAGUGUUGAUGAGCACUGCUUAAGCUUUAUGGCGAUUUGUCCAGACUGGUUCAGUGCUAGUCUUUGUCUCUGCAUUAUUAGUGACCUAUAUUGGUUAUCCUUCGUCAGCAUUCUCUCUGCGAAUGAUGUUGGUGUGUGUGUCUGUGCAUCUUGCUAUAAAAUGUUUUGUUUAUUUAUAAGUAAUUCAAAUGUUAGUGUUCAGUUUUAUCAUUGUGAAAAAUUUAACUGGACCGAUGUUUUUGUUUUUUACUCUGGUGUGUGUAUAUGUGACAAAUCUAAAAUCUAUAUUGCUGAGAAAUUUUAAUUCUGUUUAUUUCUCUGUUUACCCUCAGUAGCUUCUUGUUCUGGUCUUGGUGUUUAGCUUCUGCUGUUUGCUCUGGCUGUGAACAUACAGUACAUUGUAUUAAAUGGUUAUGUGUAUA